AUUACUGCGCUUCUUCUUAUACGCCUCCCUUCCCCCUUCCCUUUUUUCCCUUCUCCUCUCUCUAUUUUUCCUUCUUUCCUCUUUUCUUUCGAUAGGUAGUCGGUAGCAGAUAGCAGAUAGGCUUUCUCAACCCUCAAUCUCUGUUCUAACUGCCAACAUCGCCGCUGAUUUAAAUGUCCUGCUGCCCCGAACAACUUUCGAUUCAAUACAAACGGAGAAUAUUGCAUUGUUUCUUUGCUUUGCUUUGCUUGCGCUUCUUCUUCCCCCCGCCCCCCUGUGAUAGAUAUACAGUGAGUAUAUCCUCCUCGGCACUAUGUCUGUGACAGAUAUACAGUGAAUAUAUCCCCCCGCCCCGCCUCGGCUUGUUUCAUGUUGCGUACUCCUCAAGUUUCGUUUUGGGGGUGCGGAUCGGGUUUCGUGCUAGGGUUUUGCGAAAGAUAGAUAGAUAUACAGUGAGUAUAUCCGAAUUCCGAGUGAUGGUAUAGAGAAUAUUUUGUUUAUUAUUAUUAUUGGUGGUGUGAUUCUGGUUUUGGGGAUUUGUAUAGGCGUGUGUUUUUGGCGAUGGAAGGCGAGCAGCAGCAGCCUCGUGAGAGCGAGAUGUGGAAGAUGGCAGGGGACAUUCAAUCUGCAAUGUUUGCAGAAGACGUAAAGCCAUUAACGGCUUCUGAAUCUGGUUGGAACUCAGGAGGGGUCUCCAAUAGAGAGUUAGUGUUUCCGACUAGUACUAGUACGGAGAUGCUGCAUCCGUCAAGCCAUGGUGGCUUAAUUUACGGGCACUCCGCCUCGUCCGGAUGGAAUAGCAUGGAAUUGGCGGACCAUACAGGGCUUGGAAUAUCCAGGACUGCCGGGGAGCUCUCUCAUUUGAUGGACAUAGGUGAGGGGUUCGAUUCCUCUUACAUUAGCUUCACGCAGUGUUUGCAGUCCGGGUUGCAGAUGGACGCCUCGGAGUAUCAUUCUAUGUCCCGGUCUUUGGGAUUAACCCGGGGUUCUCACCACCACUUUGCCGACUAUAACAGCAAUUGUAAUAAUUCGGAUGAUAUUCCGCACAGCUCCUUCGAUUUUCCCUCGCCCCUUGCGGAAGCGAGUGAGCACAUGGGGGACGCUCCUAAUGUGCCCACCACGCCAAACUCUUCCUUGUCUUCGUCUUCAGCAGAAGGAAACGAGGAAGCUACUGCGGUAUCUACUAAGCAACCAGCAGCUGCUGCUACUCAGGCUGACCAGGCUCCUGCUGCUACAGCGGAUCAGGAAGAAGCGCAGGAUAAGCUCUCAGCGGACUCAAAAAAAGUAAGCAAGCCAAGAAAGAAGGGGCAGAAGCGGAAUCGUGAGCCCAGAUUUGCAUUUAUGACCAAGAGCGAUGUAGAUCACUUGGAGGAUGGAUAUAGAUGGCGCAAGUAUGGGCAGAAAGCCGUAAAGAACAGUCCUUACCCCAGGAGUUACUACAGAUGCACAAAUGGUAAAUGCUCUGUGAAGAAGAGAGUCGAAAGGUCCUUUGAAGAUCCCAGCAUAGUCAUUACAACUUAUGAGGGCCAACAUACUCAUCAAAGCCCCGCCUUGUUGCGCAGCUCCGGUGGAGGCGGCGGCGGUGGCGGCGGUGGCGUCGCACCAGCAUUAGCAUCAGAUCAUCUUCUUCAUGCCCAUUUAGCAGCUGCAGAUCAACGUGGGAAUAUGAGUAUGAGUAUGAGUAUGAGUAUGACUACAUCUCCAUUUACUCCAUCUCCCUUAGAUUAUCCCUUGCAAAUGAUGGUGCAGGCUCCUCCACGCACAAAUACAACAUCUCUUUUCGACCAUCAAGGAGUUCCAUCGCCUCAUCCUGCACUGCAACGUUCACAGCCGCAAUCUGCACAAAACCUUAGUCUUACAGACCAUGGCCUUCUCCAGGACAUUUUUCCCUCGGGGAUGCGCAAACUCUCUUAAAAACUAUAUAUAUGCAUCAUGCGUCCUCAGUCCUUGUACACGCAUAAGAAAACUGGAAUGGCAGUUGCAGGUUAUAUCAACGUACUCCAAGUGGGGCAGAGAAGAGCAAUAUUCAGAAGCAAAGAAUCAAUCAAAUCUGUGUUAUUCUACGAGUCUGUGUAUAAUCAUAAGUAUGUUCACAGAGUAUGGAUGUUAUUCCAUUUUGAAGUAUACAAGGAAAUCUUUUUUAUUAAAUAAAUUCCAUUACAUUCUAUUGUGGAGUGGAAAGUGAGGUUACGACAUUCAACAAAUAUUUAUAGCUUUGAAUGUAAUCUGUUAUUGGUGAGACUUUGGAAGCCUCUCCAUAUCAUGUGGGAAAAUAAGUCUACAAUUGCCUAAACUUCCGACUUUAAAGGCGACAAUACCGUGAAGUUAUCUUUGACUUUGUACAUUUAUUCCAUUCUAAUGGAAGACUAUUUGCCUCCUGCUUCAUCGCCAUACACAAACUAAAAGU